AUGGCUAAACAGCUCUUCGAUGCAAUGCCAGUCCAGAACCUGGUGGCAGCAACCGCGCUCCUGGAUGCAUAUGCCCGCGUGGGGCAUUUUGACUGCGCUCGGGGCAUCGUCAGUCAAAUGCCUGUGAUGGAUUCGGUAUCAUCCAUUACCAUCGUCACAGCGUACGCGAGAUCAGGCAAUUUCGAAGGAGCGGCAAUGGGUUUUGAAGAAACGCCACACAAGGAUAUUGUUUCCUGGAACUGUUUGCUUGCUGCGCAUGCCCUGGCAGGGCAUUUGAAGGACGCUCUUAAGAUUUUUUACGCGAUGCCGCUGUGGAAUCUAGUUUCCUGGACUUCAAUGCUUGUUUGUCAUGCACGAAACAAUAAGUUGGUAGAAGCUUGGAAUCUUUUCUGCUUGAUGCCUGAGAGGGACUUCAUUUGCUGGAGCUCCAUGCUUUCUGCUUAUACCAUCAAUGGGCAUAUUCUUGAAGCCGAGAACAUCUGUUUCCAGAUGCCUCUCACGAACUUGGUCUCGCGGACGGCUCUUCUUAGCAUGUACGCGCAGUACGGAAAGCUGGAGAAAGCAAAGAAAACGUUUGAUACUAUGCCCGAGCACAACAUUGUUUCGUGGACUUCGAUGCUCUCGGCAUAUUCCUAA